UUUAACAGCAGCCUGGUUCUGAGUCCGGACAGUCCCUGCAACGCAGCCCACCCCCCCGACUGCCAGCCCUGCCAGAACCAGGAGAACACGGACAUCCUGGAGUUCCUCAUCAAGACAGGAGAUGGACGAGACGGUGACGGGCGAGCCGGUGGAGGAAGACGAGCCGGUCCACGCCGAGGCCCUGCCCACUGGCGGCGUUCCCAUGGGAUGGCGGAGGAUGACAGAGUGCACGUAUAAAAUGACCGAGGCAGAAACCGAGAGGAUGAUCAAACUUCGAGCUGCAAACGAAGCGCUGUUCACGGGGAGAAAACACUCGGCCAAGCCAGCCUGGAGAGCCAUCCUGUUCGAGCUCGGCCUGCAGGGGCGGCUGACCACAGAGCAGCUGGCCAAGAAGUGGGACAACCUGAAGAGGAGGUAUAAGGAGCUGAAGUUUCCGUCCCGCGGUGUGGAGGCCAACCCAAGCUCCUGGCCCUGGUUCUACCGGAUGAACGACGCCAUGGAGGGCCGAAUGGCCAACGCCGCGCCCAUCCUCGCUCCCAUCGUGGAGGACGGAGACGAGGAGUGCGAGACUCUCUUGCCGACGCCAAAGAAACGAGCGCGGCGAAGCCGGGGCGGGAUGGCCGAGUUCCUGACGGAGUCUGAGAUGGAUCUGUUGGUCGAUAACGAAGAGAAGAUCGGAUCAUCGGCUCUGGGAGAUCUACAUCGGAACACAGAGUUCACCUACAAAUUAACAGAAGACGACACGAGGCGACUGAUUGAGCUGCGAGCUGCUAAUGAGGUUCUGUUCACUGGCAGGAGGAACACGGCGAAACCUGCCUGGAGGGGGAUUGUGAAGGAGAUGGGUCUGACUGGGAGGAUAACUCCAGACCAGGUGGCCAAGAAAUGGGACAACCUGAAGACUAAAUUCAAGGACCUCAAGUUUCCUCCUCGCGGUAUGGAGGCCCAGACCAACCCGGCCUCCUGGCCCUGGUUCCAGUUGAUGAGCGACGCUCUGGAGGGCCGGCUGGCAAUAAAGCCCCCAGAGUGACGCCGGUGUGGACCAGCGAGGAGGACGCCGUGUUCGGGUCGUCCCCGCCCCCCGACUGUCUGAUGGGGGAGCGGAGCGGCAUGUCGGAGCUGGACGGCAUGGUGGGCGGAGACCACGGCGAGGCCGACGCCACCGUCACCUACAUCGACGCCAGCGGAGAGGAGUGCGCCACGCCGUCAGAGCUCUCCUACAAAAGAAGAAGGAAAAUAUGGGUCGCUGCUUCAGAACCUCCAAAAUACGGGACAGAUCCAGCACAACGCCAGGCUUAACAGCAUGAUAAUGUGUUAUCGUGAUGUCAAUGCACAAUACUUUUUAUUUCACCAACAUUUGAGAUGAAUCCACCUAAACAAGAUUUAAUUUGAUUCUGCUCUGAAUGUGAGUGAAUGUAAGUAGUUACUGCCCAUCUCUGGCCAUUUCCAUCUGACAUGACAGAUUAAAAAGAGGAAUUUAAUCAACAUAA